CUGGCGGUUUUAGCAUUCAACUGAAGGAAUAAUAAUAAUUAUCUAUAUAUUAUUCUUGAAUUUUUUUGAACUUUUUGUGGAACAAUUUGUGGAACUUUUAAUAAGAUGGAUCCAGAAAAAGCGGAAUACGAACUACAACAUUUCAAUUUCUGUUCGGAAGAUAUCAUCUUUCAAAAUCGGUUGUUGGUAAAGUUCCUCAUUCAGAACAGUUUCGCUACGUUUACGGAUGAAUUUAUCAAAAAGCACAACAUUCCUGAUAACGAGGCUAUGGAAAUGCGAGCCAAUUGUUAUACGAUCAGUCUUAAGAUGUUUGCCGAUUGUGGUCCCAUACUGGACAAACUAAGCCAGCUUUACAGGAGUACUUUUUCAAUUCCUGAUUCUAUACUACUGCCAUCGGAUUUGAUGCACCGAAAGGACUACACUGUGGAACAGUUUGAAUCGCUACAAGCCGAGGUCAAAGAGCUGGAACAACAAAUCCAAAAAGAUGGUGUGUUUCUGUCGAUGCUGGAGGAGGAGAUCAAAUUGCACGAGCGGCUAGCUGCUUCCAUCGACGACGAAAAACAGCUUAUGAACCUAGUUGACCGGUAUCGGCAAUUGGAAAUCGUCCCGGCAGAGGAUGGUGCGGUUGUGCAAGAUCUGGCUGAUAUGAAGGAUGUGCUGCAAUGGGAGUAGGAAAUGGGAUAGUACUUUAUUGCAAACAAUGUACAUAUGAUGUAAAACAAAUUCAUUUUCAACCGCGAGUACUUAUUAUAGUUACCUUGGACCUCUGGUAAUCUGACUGUUAAUCUG